UAUUCUGUUUCCGGAGAUGUUGUUUCGGUUGUGGGGGAGAGGUGUGUCUGGUACGACUUGGGGGAAAUGGCUCAUCAGAGUUUGGAACCUCCAAAGUACAUAAGUGCCUCUCGUGUAAAAGAGGUUCUGAAGUAUGAAGACCUCAUUCCGGUCAUUGAACAGGCCUUAGUCAAUUUUUCCGCCCGUAGAAGCGGCGGAGUUGUUCAGCCUGUGCGCACAGCCGUUGAGGUCGAAAACCGCGGGUAAGGUAACAUACACUUAUGUCUUAUGAUUGAAGAACAUAUUUGGAAACUAAAUUUUUGGAAACACCUAUCACUGAUAAGAUUUUUGUAAGUUAUUCGUAGGAUUCUGUGACGGGGCUCAUUCUUUUCGUUUUUUUAGCAUUAAUUUGGUCAUCAACGGAGGGCAUGGACUAGGAGGUGGAACAGGGCCCUGCCAAAAAGUGUAGAUAUGGAUGUUAAUUGUUGAAAAAAUUCUCAGCGUGUCCCACAAAACUGCAGCUUUUCCACAUUUCUCUUUUCCAAGGCUCUAGCCCUUUUCCAUUGUUUUCAAGUAGUAUUAAAGCCAUGUUUUGUACCUGCCAAACCGGUUAUCCUGUUUAUUCCAGCACCCCUUGCCUCACCUAUGGACAUCCUGACAUGACCUUUAUUGCAAGCUCUAACCAUAGCACCUCCAAAUGAGAAAAUAUUAAGGUUUCUAGACCCCUAGAGCCAUUUAACUGGUUAGAGUCUAUGAAAUAAAUUAUUCAGGCCAGUUAUUUUGAGAUUGACUCAGCACUUACCAGUUUUUAGAGUUAAUUAGGAUAAUUUUGAGGUCUUUAUCAUCCUGCAGAUUUUUUCUUGUGAUGCCAGCCUAUUCAGCUAAAGACAAUGCUCUUGCUGUAAAAUUGGUCACAGGUUUUCCAGAAAAUGAGAAACAGGGCCUACCUUCAUUCUUAAGCAAUGUUAUGGUAUUAGAUCCCAAGAAUGGUUUGUUACAAGCGGUCAGUAAUGUCAGUUUUGAUAAUUUUGUCAACUAGCGUAACCAUUUGUCAUAUCAAUUGAUUAUAGAGGCUGAAUGUAGACAAUGUAUGCUGCAAAAUCCUUUAAUCAUUUUUUGGCUUCUCCAAAUAUUAACUAAAAACCUACUUUCAUGUUAGUUAUUCAAAAUUUAGUGGUCCUAUAGGAGAUUUCUUAGUGUAUUUCUUAGGUUUCUUUGGUCAAAAAUACUGCUAAAUUCAGUUGUACUUCAUGUAAAUUUGCUGCAUUAUGGUCAAUUGGAUUGAGGCUAAGAGCUAUCAUUAGGGAAAUCAGUAGCUCAAGGCCUCGAUCCAAUUGUCCAGUUUAAUCAACAUGCUACUGAAGGUCAACUUCAAAUUUUGACUGAAUUAUAUUUAAUCAUUUAAAGAUUAUGGAUGGCAUUCCAAUCACAGACAUGCGGACUGCAGCAGCAUCUGCUGUUGCAACUAAGGUGUGUUUUUGCAUCUACUGAGUCUAAUGUAUUAAAUUUAGUGCAGUGAUUUAUUGUCAUCUCCACAUUAGAUGCUUUUAAUGAUAGCUGAUCCCUGCAGGAGGCUUGUCAUGUCUCAAUCACGCAUAUUUACCCUUUAACUCCGAGAUUAAAUUUGUAAUUCUCCUUACUUUCAACCAUACCAUUCUUAUAAUGUUAGUUCAGAGAAUUUAGUAUUGGAUCAGCUAAUUAUCCUCAAAUUGAUAAUUUUCUUUACUCUUAUCUCUCAUCUGGUUGAUAUUGUAUUGAUACUGUAAGGAUAAAUUCUGUCUUGGUCACUCAUGGGAGUUAAAGGGUUAAGACCCAGCCAGUCCUAACAAGAUAUAUCUGUAGCUCAGUUGCAUAUCAUCAGUUAGUAUAGAGCAUUCAGUGUUGUGCUGGGGUCUAAGUUCUCAUAAGGGAUCCAGAUUUUUCCUUGUUAGUGCUCUUUCCAAAUUUGUCAUAUUUUUUUUGUCAAAAAGGCUAUGGUAACUGUAAUUGACUCCUGUUCCUUGCAUCAUGUGAUUAACGUUGAAUCAACUUUUACUAUUAAUUUUUCCUGAAGAUGUGAAUGUUUCAUUUGUACUUCUAUUUCAGUUCCUUGCUUCUGAGAGUGCUGAAGUUUUGUGUAUUUUGGGGUCAGGUGCUCAGGCUAGAAGUCAUGUUGAGGCCCUCAAGUUUGUGAAACCCUUCACCGAGGUAAUAAUUUACAAUUAUUAUAUCAAUAUGAUAUAUUGAACGAUCUUUGCAGUAGUGAACACCAUAAGUAGUGGUGAAGUAAGUAGUGUUUAUUUCGGCAUAGAUUGCUCUCAUAUUUAUUUCUUACAUACAUACUUUACAUGCAUUAUUAAUGUGGCUGACACUUAGCUAUAUAAAGCUAGUUUACAGGUCAGUCAUGGAAGAAAUGAUAAAUAAAUAAACCUAGAAGCUAUACAAAAGUGUUUAAAAUGAUGUAGUAUUAUGGAACUGCAUAAAAUUAUAGAUUAAGUAUUAAACCUAUAAAAACUAGAUUAAAUUGCAAAUAAGGUCUAUAAACUUACAACUAUAUAAAAAGUGCUUAAAAUGAUAUAGUAUAUGGAGCUACAUAAAACUAAAAAAAAACUAAGUUAAAUGGCAAAUAAGGGACCAUAAACUUGCAAGGUUGAGCUCCUUGAGUCCAUGUUUAAAACUGCGGUAAUCAUCGAUAUUUCUUAAAUUAUUAGGAAUAAUGUUCCAUAGUUAGGUAGGUCCCAUACUUUGUAGAAUACACAUUAUGUACGUUCACAGUCAUGAAUAUGUUUAAUUAUGUCUGAUGUCGCCUGCAAUUGAUCUAUAUGUUUGUCACUACUGAAUGUUUUUAUGCGUUAGAUUUCAAAUGAAACUUGUUAAUUUUCAAGGUCAGAAUAUGGAGUAGAACCUUUGUUAAUGCGCAAAAGCUUGCAGAUGAGAUUGGUGCCAAAGCAUGUGCUACAGUUGAAGAAGCAGUCUCAGGGGCUGAUGUCAUAGUCACUGCUACCUUGGCAACAGAACCUGUUCUGUUUGGAAAGUGGGUCAAGCCUGGAGCACUGAUAAACUGUGAGUGGUCUAAUAAGGAUUAAUUUUUAUCAUCAUUAUCAGGAACUUUGGGAGCAAGCAAGCAGAUGACAGCGGUAAAUUUUGGGUUUAAUGGGCUUAAGUUUGGCCUGGUAAACACACUCACUGUAGGUGCAUAGAUCUUUACACUUCUAGUCACUUCAUGUGUAUCAAUUUCAGUAUCCUAGCAACUGAGCACCAAGGGGAGGGGUAGGUGUGUAGUUGCUUAGAUACUGACACUGAUUCCUUCAUGCCAUUCAAACAGAGAAAACACCUGGUCCAGCACUUAUAGACAACAAUUGGUUUUGAUCUAAUAUUACUGUUUGCCAUCGUUGAUUAAACUAUCUUUUUAGUUCAUAGAGGGGAAGGUUCCUCUUUGUAAUUGAUUUUAAACAUUUGCCAAUUUAAACUACCAGCUCCUAAAUACAAUUUUCUAAUAACACUCAUAAUGAUCAUAAGCUUACCACAGACCUAAUAUGUAUAUUGCUUUCAAAUCUAAAUCUCAACAGAAGUUGUGACUCUUUUUUCGUACAGCUGUUGGUGCACCCCGCCCAACAUGGCGAGAAAUGGAUGAUGAAACUAUGCACAAUAGCUUUAUAGUGGCAGACAGUAUUGAGGCAGCUUCUAAGGAAGCUGGGGAUGUGAUCCUCUCCAAGGUCAGUCUGUCAGAAUUUCUGUAGAGAAGUUUUACCAAAACUUUGCAAAAUAUGUCCCUAUGUAAGCCUUGUGGCUUUGGUGGCUCAUUAUUCUUUGAGUUAUUGGCAUUCCAUGGAAUUUAUUCUUUGUUCUUUUGAUAACUAGGCAACAGUGACUGGGGAGAUUGGUGAUGUUAUUUCAGGAAAAUUGGCUGUUCCUGAAGGAAAAACACGGAUCUUUAAGUCUUUAGGUAAGCUGUUGUGAGCUGUAGAAGAGUUAGAGGUGAAGUAUUCACAAAUCAACAGGGUGGGAGCAGGUGCCGACCCAUACUCACUUACAAUUUAAGUUAGAGAAGCUGAUAAAGGCUGUGAUAGUGUGAAAUGAUCAGCAAAGAACUGACAACACUACUUAGUUAUUGUUAGUUAUACCUUGAAACCUUGAAACUGAUUCACAUGGUAGUUUCAGUGAGUUAAAAUUAGUGAUACUGAUGAAAAUGUUGAAUUUUUUUCAUAAACUACUGGAACAUCUGUUUUCUAGGUAUGGCACUGGAAGAUGUUGUAUCUGCUAAGUUGGUGUUGAGUAAACUUGGUGGAUUAGGUGGUACACCUCUUGAUGUGCUUUAGCCAAUGAUAAUUUUAUCAUUGUUUUCUGGGAAAGAUGCCUGGGAGAGAAAAGACUGAUAUAUUUUAAAUGUGCCAAAGGCUAAGUGAAUAUCGUUGAAUACCCCCAAUACUAAGUAUUAUUAAAUAAAUGUAUAUCUCUCAUACACCACUUUUUAAGAUGAAAUAAAAGGUGGGCUCUUCAAGGGCUUAUAUUUAAGCUAUAGGAAGUCAUUUACCUUUCGUUUUCUUUCCUGUUUUCAUUCAAUGACUAAUGACGAGUGCAACGAGGCCCCUACCCCUGCCGGGCAACCUUCC